CCACCUCGUCGUCGCCGUCGUCGUCGUCGUCGUCGCCGCUAGACGAGCGAACAUCGGAAUCGCCAGCCUGCCUCGCCAGCCUGGGUUCCGGCCGAUCGGAACACGCUCUCCUGGUAGCCGCGCUCUACCACUCUCGGUACCGUCCGGCGAUCUCGCGCGGUUACAAUCGAUCCGGUGACAGUGCUUCCGCGGUUGUGAUCACCUGUCUUUACCUGUCCGGCGCCGGGCAUGAGUGUUCUGUGCAAGUAGACGUCGUCGCGACGCGCCGGUUCUCGGUCGCCCCCCGUCGGCGAUCUUUGUGGUGAACCUGGCUCCACGCAGCGUUUGGUGAACCGGGGCCUGGAUAGUGAGCGAAGGUAGACGUGGUGUACGGAAACGUAGAGAUGGUUCAGUGCUAGGGUCGUUCCGUGUGUCCGAGAAAUUCGAGCACGUUUUCUCUGGCCACCGAGAAAUGUUCUAGUGAUCUACGCCUGGACGAGCAGUCGACCUAUCCUACGGGUGGUAGAUUCGCGAUGCCAGUGCAAAGAUGGAGUGCUAAGACUGGGAUGAUCGUUCGUGCUGCGAACCAUCUAGAGCUCUUAGCAGACCUGUGCUAAACUGUCGGCCGCGCCGGUUGGAUCUGCCCUAAGUUCGGGAAGCACCGUGAUACAAUUCCGCGAGGAUCGGAGGAAUGUUCUAGUGCCUGAAGCUAUCCAAAGGUCUUCGUGAUCCUGGCAGCUGCUACAGCCGGUUGCAGCAGCCUGGAAAUUCGUGGUCCAAUCCCGGGAGCAUCGGUGGGAUGUCUUAAGGUGCUCUGAAGCAGCUUGAACUGUCGGUAGUCCUGCCAACUGAUCCAACCGGUAGCAGCACGAGAGUUCGUGGUCCAACACCGUGAGCAUCGAUCCGGCGUUGAACUCGUUCCAUGCGCGGCAAACAACAGCCACUGGCGCACCAGGAAGAGGAUCCUGACGAAUCCGCGCAGCUGGGUAGCUCGGGCAACGUGCAGCAACCCGGCGGUCACCUCGAGGCGUUGGUCCACGCAGGCAAGGAGCUCGCGGGCCUGAAGACGAGGCCGACGACACCCGUCCUGGCGAACGACGGAGGGGGCGGCUUCUGGCUGGCCACGGUGGCCGCGGGGGCAGGUGCCCCAGCCGGGCUGCCCCCGCACGGGACCCAUCAUCCAGCCAUGGAUCCGACAUGCGGGUCCGCGGAGACCGGGUUCAUCAACAGCCAACCCUCCAUGGCGGAGUUCAUGACCGCCUUGCCCCAGCUGGCCGGCGACGGUAGUCUACAACACUCGCCGGGCACCGGAGGAUCCAUCAGCCCUGGAUCCCAUCAUCCUGGGUACCACGCGAUGAUGGAUCCUCACGGGGUCGCCGACCCCUCCGUCAACGUGCCCGAGUACCCCUGGAUGAAGGAGAAGAAGACUACCAGGAAGAGCAACCAGCAAGGUAAGAAAUGA